ACACGUUAUUGUAAAAUAUGACGCGUUUAGUUUGUGAGGAAAAAUUGAUCACUCGUGAAAAGGGUUAAAAAAAUCCCACUGAUUCCCGUUCAAAUCGGCGCACUUACAUCUUGUUCCCCCGGACAGAAAAUAGAUCCAGUUGGCGCUCUCGCAUGUACUCAAUCCCACCUACUUGCAUAAGAAGACGUAACUAGGCCUCCUGCACAGGUGUCCCUCACCAUGCUGCGGGGGGUAACUCCCUCCCUGUGUGCCUGCAUUCGGAGGGUUUGGGCCGGACCCCUGUACGGCGGCAGGCCCUGCUCCACGCUGCCCCCCGGUGGGGUGGAGAACCAGCUGACGGUGGACGCGCUGUACGAGCUGUCCGUGGACAUCCGCAAGGUGCGCAAGCUGAAGGGCUGGGUGCUGCUGCAGCCCGCGGCGUACGUGCGCGAGACCGCCGGGCUUCUGCGCGAGCUGGGCGCUGACGGCCCCGCCAUCGCCCGCGUGCUGGAGCAGCACCCCGAGGCCGUCCUGUGCCGGCCCGAGGAGGUGCGCGCCCAGCGGGAGCUCUGGGCGACGGUCUGCCCCAACCGGAGGGACCUGGUGGCCAUCAUCGAGAAGUUCCCCGCCUCCUUCUUCACCGUGAGCCACCGGGCCAGCCAGGAGGCCAACGUCCGCUACUUCCAGAGCCUGCAGCUCAACAAGCGCAUCAUCAGCAAGCUGCUCGCCAGCGCGCCCCAGAGCUUCUGCCGGCCCGUGGAGCGCAACCAGGAGGCGGUGCGCGCCCUGAAAGAGGCCUACCUCAGCCUCGGGGGCGACGAGGGGAACAUGAGAAUCUGGCUGCAGAAGCUGCUCAGUCAGAACCCCUUCGUGCUCAUGAAGCCCCCGGACGCCAUCCGGGACAACCUGGGGUUCCUGCAGGACAGGGGCUUCCGUCCCGCCGAGCUGCUCCAGCUCAUAUCCAAGCUGAAGGGCUUCUUUUCGGAGCUGAGCGCGGGCAGCAUGGGGGAGACCCUGGCCUACUCGCGGGACGUCCUGCGGUGUUCAGACGGCGAGCUGCGGGAGGCGGUGCUGCGGUGCCCCGCCCUGCUGUACUACCCCGUGCCCGUGCUGGCGGACCGGUUUCAGGGCCUGCUGGGCGCUGGGGUCAGUGUGUGCCAGAUACAGGCCACGCCCACUGUGCUGGAGCUGACCACUCAGAUCGUGCUCUACCGCAUGCAGAGGCUGCGUUCCCAUGGUUACGACAUCACAGCGGGCAGCCUGGAGCCCCUGACUGGAACCAAAAAGGACUUUGAGGAGAGCUGCGGCAGACUGCACCUCCGCCAGGCGCGCCCCAUUUUUAACCCAGUCGCCCCCUUAAAGAGCCCGGAGGAGUGACCGCUUACAUCAGGGGGGUUGUGGGGGGGCUCGUGGGGGGGAUUUCAGUGUUCGCUGGUCUGGGUUUCAUGGUCAGACAGUGUUUUCACUUCAUCUUGUGAUGGACCAUUAAAAGUGGCUCAAGAUUGUGUACUGUA